AUGCCCGCGCUCUGGCUCAGCUGCUGCCUCUGCGUCCUGCUCCUGCCUGCCGCCCGGGCCACCUUCGGGAGGGAAGUCUGUGAUUGCAAUGGAAAGUCCCAGCAAUGUGUCUUUGAUUGGGAACUUCACAGGCAGACGGGGCAUGGAUACCGCUGCCUCAACUGCAAGGACAACACCGGUGGCAUUCACUGCGAGCGGUGCAAGGAAGGAUUCUACAGGCAGAGAGAAAGAGACCGCUGUUUGCCCUGCAACUGUAAUCCAAAAGGUUCUCUUAGCCCUCGAUGUAACAACUCGGGACGGUGCAGCUGUAAGCCAGGUGUGACAGGAGACAGGUGUGACCGAUGUCUGCCAGGCUUCCACACACUCACUGAUGCCGGGUGCACCCAAGACCAAAGGCUGAUAGACCCCAACUGUGACUGCGACCCCGCUGGCGUCUCGGGGCCCUGUGACUCAGGCCGCUGUGUCUGCAAGCCGGCUGUCACCGGGGAGCGCUGCGAUAGGUGUCGGCCAGGGUACUAUCACCUGGAUGCAGGAAACCCGGAGGGCUGUACCCAGUGUUUUUGCUACGGGCAUUCGGCCAGCUGCCACAGCUCCGGAGACUACAGCGUCCAUAAAAUCACCUCUGCCUUCCAUCAUGAUGUUGACGGCUGGAAGGCUGUCCAAAGAAACGGGUCUCCUGCAAAGCUCCACUGGUCACAGCGCCACCGGGACGUGUUUAGCUCGGCACGGCGAUCAGACCCUGUCUAUUUUGUAGCUCCUGCCAAAUUUCUCGGGAAUCAACAGGUGAGCUAUGGGCAAAGCCUGUCCUUUGACUACCGUGUGGACAGAGGAGGCAGACACCCAUCUGCCCAUGACGUGAUCCUGGAAGGUGCUGGUCUCCGGAUCACAGCUCCCUUAAUGCCGCUAGGCAAGACACUGCCUUGUGGGAUCACCAAGACUUACACAUUCAGGUUAAAUGAACAUCCAAGCAGCAACUGGAGUCCCCAGCUGAGUUACUUUGAGUUCCGGAGGCUACUGCGUAACCUCACAGCCCUCUGGAUCCGAGCGACCUACGGAGAAUACAGCACUGGGUACCUGGACAACGUGACCCUGAUCUCGGCCCGCCCCGUCUCGGGAGCCCCGGCACCCUGGGUUGAACAGUGUGUAUGUCCCGUUGGGUACAAGGGGCAGUUCUGCCAGGAUUGUGCUUCUGGCUACAAGAGAGAUUCACCCAGACUGGGACCUUUCGGCACCUGUAUUCCCUGUAACUGCCAAGGGGGCGGGACCUGCGACCCGGACACAGGGGACUGUUACUCGGGGGAUGAAAAUCCUGACAUCGGAUGCGCCGACUGCCCCCUCGGUUUCUACAAUGACCCGCACGACCCCCGGAGCUGCAAGCCGUGCCCCUGUCGCAACGGGUUCAGCUGCUCAGUGAUGCCCGAGACAGAGGAGGUCGUGUGCAAUAACUGCCCCCCCGGAGUCACUGGUGCCCGCUGCGAGCUCUGCGCCGAAGGCUACUUCGGGGACCCCUUUGGGGAACGUGGCCCGUUGAGGUCCUGUCAGCCCUGUCAGUGUAACAACAACGUGGACCCCAGUGCCUCCGGGAACUGUGACCGCCUGACGGGCAGGUGUCUCAAAUGCAUCCACAACACAGCCGGCGCCCACUGCGACCAGUGCAAACCAGGCUACUUCGGGGACCCCUUGGCUCCCAACCCGGCAGACAAGUGUCGAGCUUGCAACUGUAACCCAAUGGGCUCCGAGCCUAUGGAGUGUCGAAGCAAUGGCAGCUGCAUCUGUAAGCCAGGAUUUGGUGGCCUCAACUGUGAGCAUGCAGCAUUAACCAGCUGUCCAGCUUGCUAUGAUCAAGUGAAGAUUCAGAUGGAUCAGUUUGUGCAGCAGCUCCAGAGCCUGGAGGACCUGGUUUCGAAGGCUCAGGGCGGUGGAGGAGGAGCACCCAACGCGGAGCUGGAAGGCAGGAUGCAGCAGGCUGAGCAGGCCCUUCGGGACAUGCUGAGAGAAGCCCAGAUUUCAGAAGGGGCCAUGCGGUCUUUCAGCCUCCGGUUGGCCAAGGCAAGGAGCCAAGAAAAUAGCUACCGGAACCGCCUGAAUGAGCUCAAGAUGACCGUGGAGAGGUUUCAGGCCCUGGGCAGUCAGUAUCAGAAUCGAGUUCAGGACACACAGAGGCUCAUCACUCAGCUGCGCCUGAGCGUGGAGGAGAGCCGGUCUUCUCUAGGCAACACGAACAUCCCUUCCCCGGACCAAUACGGGGGACCCAAUGACUUUAAAAUUCUGGCUCAGGAGGCCAUGAGACUGGCAAGCAGCCAUGAGGAGUCAGCCAGGAACAUGGAGCAACUGGCAAGGGAAACCGAAGAUUAUUCCAAACAAGCGCUGUCACUGGCGCGCAAGGCUAUUCAGGAAGGAGGCGGCAGCGGCAGCCUGGACGGCUCCGUGGUGCAAGGGCUUGCGGGAAAACUGGAGAAAGCAAAGUCUCUCGCUCAGCAGUUGUCCAGGGAGGCCACUCAGACUGACAUCGAAGCAGAUAAAUCUUAUCAGCAUAGUCUUCGCCUUCUCAAUUCCAUGUCUCAGCUCCAGGGAGUCACUGAUCAGUCCUUGCAGGAAGAAGCAAAGAGGAUCAGACAAAAAGCUGAUUCUCUCUCAAGCCUGGUGACGAAGCAUAUGGAUGAAUUCAAGCGUGUGCAGAGCAAUCUGGGAACCUGGGAAGAAGAAACCCGGCAGCUCUUACAGAGCAGAAAGAAUGAGAGACAGCAAUCAGCUCAGCUACUUUCCCGGGCCAACCUUGCUAAAAGCAGAGCUCAAGAAGCUCUAAGUAUGGGCAAUGCCACUUUUUAUGAAGUUGAGAACAUCUUAAAGAGCCUCAGAGAGUUUGACCUGCAGGUUGGAGACAGAAAAGCAGAAGCUGAAGAGGCAAUGAAGAGACUGUCCUACAUCAGCCAGAAGGUGACCGACGCCAGUGACCAGACUCAGCAGGCAGAGAAAGCCCUGGGCAGUGCCGCUGCUGACGCCCAGAAGGCUAAGAACGCAGCCAGGGAGGCCCUCGAGAUCACCGGCAAGAUAGAGCAGGAGAUAGAGAGUCUGAACUUGGAAGCCAAUGUGACAGCAGAUGGAGCGUUGGCCAUGGAGAAGGAACUGGCCACUCUGAAGAGUGAGAUGAGGGAAGUGGAAGGAGAGCUGGCCAGAAAGGAGCGGGAGUUUGACAUGGAUAUGGAUGCUGUGCAGAUGGUGGUUACAGAAGCCCAAGGAGCUAAUAACAGAGCCAAGAAUGCUGGAGUUACGAUCCAAGAUACACUUAACAGCUUGGACAGCAUCCUACACCUAAUAGACCAGCCUGGCAUGGUAGAUGAAGAGAGGCUGGUUUCAUUGGAGCAGAAGCUUUCCAGAGCCAGGACUCAGAUCAACAACCAGCUGCGGCCCUUGAUGAAAGACCUGGAGGAUAGGGCACUUCGCCAGCAAGGCCAACUCCAUUCGCUGGAGUCAAGCAUAGAUGGGAUUCUGGCUGAUGUAAAAAACUUGGAGAACAUUCGGGACAACCUGCCCCCAGGCUGCUAUAACACCCAGGCUCUUGAGCAACAUUGA